AAGUGGGAACAAAGCCGGGCUGCUGCUGCUGCCGCCGGGGUGCGAGUGCCGACGUCUCCCCUGAGAACUGGUGUCAGUCUUCAGCCGUGAACUCCCUCCAUGACGAGCAGGGCGACCCCGGUGCUCCUCAGGCGGCUGCUGGAGCUGUGCCGAGCCCACUCCUCUCGAGCGGCGGCGCGAGGACACGGGAGAAGAGCGGAGCGCAGGCACUUGUGGGGCUCCUGUGGGGUCCUGGCAGUGAGAGGGGCCGGCCUGCCUCUCCGCCCCCCCUUCCCAGUCAGCACACCCAGCUGCAGCUUCAUCAACCUGGCCUCCCCCGCCCGCACGCGCAGGAUGGAGUACACCGAGUGCCGGACACUAGGGUUUUCUCCUGAGCAGAUGUACAAAGUGGUGGCCGAUAUGGACCAGUACCGCCACUUUGUUCCCUGGUGCAAGAAGUCUCGGGUCACGAAGGGACGAAACGGCAGCAUCCGGGUGGACCUGGAGAUCGGUUUCCCCCCCAUCGUGGAGCGCUACACCUCUGAGGUCACCGUCGUCCCAAACCACCAAGUCAGGGCCGUGUGUACCGACGGAUCCCUCUUCAGCCAUCUUGAAACCAUAUGGAGGUUCGCCCCUGCAGACCUGCCGGCCUCCUGCAGAGUGGAUUUCUCUGUUUCAUUUGAGUUCAAGUCUCUUCUGCACUCUCAGCUCGCCAGCGUCUUCUUUGACGAGGUGGUCAAACAGAUGGUCAACGCCUUCGAGUCUCGAGCUGCGGCGCUUUAUAGGAACCAGCAGGAGGCGCCGCUGAGGAGGCGGUCAACAUGAGGCCUCCAACCAAACCCUGUCAACACUUGUCCUACACAGGAAGCUGGUUCUUCUUUUUCCACAUGUCUAUAUCUUACACUCGAGUCGACAUGUACAUUUAACAUACUUACUGUUUAUUUAUAAUCCACAAGCUAAUUUAUUCAUUUCUUGUAUAUAUUUAGAUGUCAGGCAUAAGUACAUGGUUUCUUUGUAAGAUUGGGGGUUCCACACUGCAACAUGAAGAAGUGUUCAGAGCUUUUUGGAUUUUGCUGGCAUUAAACAAAUCUUUUAUUUU